AACACAGUCAAAAUUUCAGAAAGUAUUUGCAUCAUUCUAGGGAAAGAAAACUCUGGUUGGGUGCGAACCGAGCGAGGCGACUGUCCAAGGUGGACAAACUCGAAAGCGGCGGUCUAGUCCGCCGUUGAACCCGGCGAUACGAAAGAGGAGAACCCUGAAACUCAACCCCGUCCAUCGCCGGACUCCGUCGUGCGCUCGCCGCUCCGCCGAAUCGGGGUACCCUUCUCCUCCUCCUCCUCCUCCUUCUAUGCAUCUGCGCUCAUCCUUAGAGCCACAAUUCGUCUCCGUCGCUGCAUCUUUCUGGGGCGAUGUCUGCUGUUGAAUUCUGAUGUGUCGUUCUGUGUCUCGGCUUUCGGCUACGCUUCCGAUGGCGUAUUCCUUCCGUUUAUCGCGUUUUCCGAGCAGUCUCUCGUCGGCAGGCGCCGAUGUCGAUGAGCCGGAAUGCGCUUGAUUAGGGUUCUUCUUCAAAUUCGCGCCUUUUAUUACAUUAUCGAGCUUGGUCGUUUGAACUGUUCGCUUCUUCAAUACGGCAAUACCCUCUUAGUCUUUUUGCUCGCCGUCUCAAAGCAGGAGGGGUUUCGAUAAAGCACCUCGAGUUUUUCGAGCGCCGAGGAGUUUCCGAAAGUUGGGAUGCCAUCAUGAUUCAUCUGUCUCUUUCGAAACCUGAUGCUAAUGAUAAAGGAGAUAGUGCCUCUGCCGAGGCGAUUGUCGCUCUCUUGCAUCGGUUGGGAACUGCCAUCUGGUCGAUAGUCGUGUCUUCCGGAGCUAAAUCGGAGGCUCGACUGUGGCUUUGCAAAAGUGUAUCACUGAUGGCGUCGUUGUCUCCCCGUGAUCAGCGAGAUCUAUUCUGGAACAUGCUGAGGUCUAAGUCAGCUAAUCUGGAGUUGGCAUCGCAACUCUUGCAAAUGUUAUUCGAGAAGAGACCGCGCCUGGCAGGCUCAAUCCUAGCCAAGAGAAGCCACAUGCUGGAGAAAUUUUUUCAAGGAAAUCCGAGGCGUAUAUUAAAGUGGUUUUCUAACUUCGAUGCUGGUGGUGGGUCAGAUCAUAAAAAAGGAGCAAAGGCCUUGUCUCAAUUUGCUUUCAUUAAUCGUGAUAUUUGUUGGGAAGAACUUGAGUGGAAGGGAAAGCAUGGUCAGUCACCUGCAAUGGUUGCUACCAAGCCACAUUACUUUCUUGAUUUGGAUGUUUUGAGGACGAUUGAGAACUUUGUUGAAUACGUGCCUGACUUUUGGUCUUCCAGUGAGUUUGCUGAGUCACUGAAAGAUGGUGAGAUUUUGUCUCUGGACACAAAAUAUUUUGUCGAACUUUUCAUUGAUUUGAUGUAUGAGGAUGACUCGAGAGAUGUAUGGGAAGCUGUAGAUGAUUUUCUCAUGGACGCGUCAUUCUCCUCUCUAUGUAACCACCUCCUCAUUUCUCUCCAAGAGAGUGAACUCCUCAUUUUCCUGAAAUCGCUUAGCAAAUCUUUCAGCUCGCCUGUAGAAAAUAUGGAACUUGGCAACUCGUCCUGCUGGUUAGAAAUUGUCCUCUCCAAGUGCAAAGAUUUUGCAUCUAUUGAUCAGUUGCUCCUGUUAAAUAUGGUUGUUAAUCAAGGUCGCCAGCUUCUGCGCCUCAUGCAAGAUGAAGAGUGUCAGGAGGAAAAGGAAAAGGUGCAAGAUAUAGUAUCGCAGAUUUUCAAUGCCUCAAGCAGUUCCAGCGGCUUUGCUGCAAUCCUGGAGGGGUGCCUUGGCAUGCGGACCCUUGAUGUGGUGAAACUGUUGGGACUUUACUCUUGGGUUAUUCAUUACGUACUUUCCAAAGAAUGUCAGACCUUGGAGUCAUGGGAGUCUUUGUUUAUACUUAAUGGGAUUACUUUUAGGAAAUCUGGUACAUAUCCAAUCCUGGAUCAUGAUGGAAUAAAACAGGAAGAAAAUCGGUCUAAGUUGGAUAAUAAAUCACCAGGUGCUAUUUAUUCUAAGAAGAAGGAGAAAAGGAGAAAGAAAAGGAGGAGGACUGUUGCCUUCAAUGAUGAUGGCAGUGAUGAUGAUGAUCUUUUUUUGCGGGCUGAUGGGCUGGACGUGCAAUCUCGGACCAGAAGUUGGCUGCUUUCCACAGACGGUUUUUCCACACCAUGGACCAUGCCAGACUUGCCAGAGCACCUUGCGAAGCACUGCUUCUCUGUGUGGAUGAAGUGGGUUUUCGCAAAACAAACUGAUGCAGCCUAACAUGUUUGGUCCAACAACGUUAGUGGCUCUGUCACAGGUUGCUCCAAAACUAUGGUUUUAUCCUCAUUGAAUAUUCCGAGUUCCUAUUCUUCUGAUGAACAGGCUGCCAGGUGCACCAGCAGGCGGUUAAUAAAAGUUAUUUUCUUCAGAAACCUUGCCCCGCAUCCCUUGGAGCCUAAUAGUUU